GUACACAUUCUGACACCUAUCAUCUCCUAUGUAUUGUUUGGUUUAUUUAGAGAAGCUGUGGUGACUGAUGUUAUUUCAAAGGAUGUUUUUACCCAGAAACCCAAAGAGGACGUUUCAUCAUCAGCCGCGCCGGCCGGACACAGAACGUCUCACAGAUCAUCAGCUGUUUGCAGAGAACACACGGAGAAUGGCUCCACUGGAACUAAUCCUCAUUUUCCUGCUUCAGUUUGAAGGCAUCAGUGGAAGAGAUUUCUUUCUCUAUAAGAGACCUAGACAAGAUGCCGUUCUGUCCUGUACCACUGAAUCAUCCUCUCCCCCAACAUGCUCCAUCGUUGAAUGGUUUUAUAACAAAGAUGGAGUUCAGGCAAUCACUGUGGUCAGGAAUGGAGAAGUUAUAGAGAGCUCUGCCCGAGCUGCCAGGCUGAGGGUGACCACUGACUGCUCUCUGGUCAUUAACAACGUCACUGCUGAGGAUGUUGGUCAAUACACCUGUCGGCAGGGGAGGGACUUUAACGCUGAUGUAAAUACAUAUCUAAGUGUUCUGACAAUUUCUCCGUCUCAACCAGGCGCUGAUCCAAACAGGGAUGAUGACAUCACAUUGAAGUGCUCUCUGUUAAGUCGUAGAGAUAUUCCUUGUCGAGAGAACAGCAUCCGCUGGGUGGAUGAGACCGGAGCUGAGCUGCUUGGUGAAGGUGAUGGGUACAGGGUCCUCCAACAGACGGCCUGUGUCUCCUUUCUGACUGUGAAGCGUCAGAGUGGCCGCAACAGGAAGUACACCUGCCAGUUUGUUGAUGAGCAGAACAGUGUAAAGAUAGAGGCCGACUACACACCUGACCUUACAGGUGAGAUAACACGUAAUCAGACAGAAACAUCUAACCCAGAUCCUACAGGUGUGUCUCCUCUGCGCUACGUCAUGUUGAUGGUGCGCGUUGCCGGACUGAUCCUCAUGAUCGUUAUCACCGUUAUUGUGAUCAGAAGCAAAUGGAACACAAAACCGCUCGAGAAUGACAACAAUGUGAACGAUGGCGCCAACGUCCAGUAUGAAAACGUGGAAGCAGGUCCAGCAGCUGCUCGACCGCAGUGAUCCACAACUUCAGAUCAUCAGAAAGUCAAAUCCCACCAGUCGUUGUACUCUUCUGAUUAGAGCUUUCAGUUCAAAUGAUUGGUGCAUAUUUAGGAUGCAUAGUAACUGCAAAUAUAUCCAGCGGUGGAAGAAGUAUUCAGAUCAUUAACUUAAGUAAAAGUACUGAUACCACACUGUAAAAAUACUCUAGUAAAUGUCCUGCAUUGAAAAAGUUACUGAAGUAGAAGUAUGUUAGUAUUAUCAGGAAAAUGUACUCAAACUAGUAAAAGUAAAAGUACUCAAUGCAGAAAAAUCCUCCAGUUUUAGAAACUGGAAACGAUCCAGACAGUUAAGACUUGUAGGACUACAAAAUGUUGGGAAGUUUAAUUUAUAACAAAACAUCAUAUUUGAAAAACUACAUGUGUUUUUGUGUGCAAAAAUCUUAAUUUGUAAAGUAACUAGUAACUAAAGCUGUCAGAAGAAUGUAGCGGAGUAGAAGUAGACACCGGCACAAAAAGAAAAGACUCAAGUAAAGUACAAGUACCACAUAUUCUUACUAAAGUACAGUACUUAAAUUAAUGUGCUUACUUACGUUCCACCACUGCGUAUAUCUGUGCAAACAGCGAGCAGAUGUUGUGUAGCUUCAGAUUGUUGUAAAGAAGUCCCUCAUAAUGACAGACGUGCAGAGUUUUUUCAUAAACUUUACAUUUCUGAAAUUCUUUUAAAGCUUCAUGUAGCUAAUAAUUUAGAUUGUAUUGCGCCUUUUUAUUGUAUAGGUCAGUCUCAGCGCUCUCUUCAACUCUGUUUCCAGCAGCAGGCAGCAAACAGCAGACAGACAGUCUGAGAGUGGCAGGUGGACGUAGCAUUUAGCAGCUAGCAGGAGCAAUUAGCAGCUAGCUGGAGCAUUUAGCAGCUAACUUGAGCAAUAAGCAGCUAGCUUGAGCAUUUAGCAUCUAGCUGGAGCAAUUAGUAGGUAGCUGGAGCAUUUAGCAGCUAGCUUGAGCAUUUAGCAGCUAGCUGGAGCAUUUAGUAGGUAGCUGGAGCAUUUAGCAGCUAGCUGGAGCAAUUAGUAGGUAGCUGGAGCAAUUAGCAGCUAGCUGGAGCAAUUAGUAGGUAGCUGGAGCAUUUAGCAGCUAGCUGGAGCAAUUAGUAGGUAACUGGAUCAAAUGAAUGAAAUGGUAUAUUGAAUGUGUAACACAGAAGGCAAUAUUAGCUUUUUUAGACAUAUACUGUACAUAUACAUAUAUAUACAUAUAUAUGUAUAUAUAUAUGCUUCUAUAAUGUCAGAUGUAUUUUUCAGCUCAUUGGAGAGUUUAAUUUCUGCCUCAAAGAAACCAAAUACAUUGAUUAAUUGAUUUUGAA